AUGGCGCAAGGUCGAGACAAGCGAAUGAUCCUCCAACUCCUGCUCGAGGAUCUAGAUGAUCUUGAGAACAGGCAGAAAGGAAAACAGGCCGCAGGAAAGGAAACAGAUCUUGAAAUUGCCAUCGCGUGCUUGAGGGAGAAUAUUCGGAUCACACAAAUUUCCAUCGACGACGAGAUAUUGGCGCUUAGCACGAGUACCGCAAUUGCCACCGACCAAAAGAUUCUGACAUCUCUUCAACACGAGGAAAGAGUUGCUAAUCAGGACCGCCAAUUCGCUCUCGCUCUGAGCAAUGGAACCUUGACCUCUAAUAACAUUUCAAAUUCCUCGCUCGUAACCGGGACCACAUCUGAAGAUGACGAUGACGACGCCGUUUCCAUUGUUAUGGGGGAUCUCAUGGGUCGAAUGACUAUGAGCGACAAAGCAUCUAAUAACGGGGAAGGCUCCUCGCGGAUACACCCAUCCCGGACAAGCAGCCUUAUGAGAGAAUGUGCGUCCUGCUUCACAAAGGUCAAUUUCAUUAUGUUUAAGGGCUCGUGUGGCCACGAGUUUUGUCGCGACUGCACGAGACAGAUGUUCCUCGGUGCCAUCAAAGAUGAAGAGUUGUACCCGCCGCGUUGUUGUGGGAAUGUCAUUCCGCCUGGAGUUGCGUUGAGAAUCCUCAACUACGACGAACUCCGGAAUUUCAGCGAAAGGGCCCUUGAAUGGACGGCGAAGGAUCGUCUCUACUGCGCCGAUCCGACAUGUUCGAAAUUUAUCCCUCCAUUCGCUAUCCAAAACGAGCACGGCACCUGCGUCGAAUGUCAUCAGCAAACACAUGUACCAUGCCGCUCCCUCGCCCACCCUCGUGUCGAUUGCCCAAUGGACGAACCUCUUCAUGCUAUUCUAGAAAUGGCGGAUACCGAGAAAUGGAAGCGAUGCUUCAACUGUCGAACUAUGGUAGAGCUUCACCACGGCUGCAACCAUAUGACCUGUCGGUAA